UCAUCUUAGACGAAAGCUUGCCUAUGACCUCUCCGGUGAAAUCUCCAGCGCCCUCUCCGGUGACCUCUCCGGCGAUUACAUCCAAACCAAGCGAUCCUCUAGAGCCUGAAGAUAUGGAUAUCAUUACAACAUCAGAUACGGAGCGAUAUGCAAUUAUUGAUGACCUUGACCAAUGUGGGGGAACACCAAGCACGGAAGAGCUUUGCAGCGUCGCUCUACCAGUGAAAAGUCUGCCACUAGCGUGCUCAUUUGGGAAAGCCCUUCGUCUAAAUGAUGACCUCAUUAUUGGAUUCAUCGAUCUCCCCAGUUCGUCAGUACUUCAUAAGAUCGCACGACAGCUCGUAGACAUUUGGUGGAAUGGUUUGAAAGAGGGAGAAAUAGAAGAUAAGUUUGAUGAGCUUCUCUCUGAGUUUAACAUCACAGAUGUCAAAACAGGCCUUGAAGAAAUCUCAAAAGCCAUUGGAUCCAAGACAGACCUACUGGACUUGUGUCAUCGCCUGGAUGUUAAACCUUCUGUCGUCUUGAAGAUCAUGAGCACAUUCGUGACCUUCCCGCCUCACAUAAUUGGCCGUAUUGCUCUAAAGAUGCUUAAAGAAUGGGUACACCAGGGAGGGGCUAAAGAGAGGCUUCUUGAAGUUGCUCAGGCUUUCCGUUUCAACGAUGCAGCAGUCAAGAUAGCAGAAGCCAUGAAAUGCCAACCAAGCUAUAUGCCUUUCAUCUCACAUGGCAUCAUUGAUCCUAAGGGUGGAGAACUGACCUUCGAUGAACUUGAUAUUACCGUAUCUAUCCCUGAAGGAGCUAUACCUAAAGGGAUGAGAUCAGUCGUAACUCUUCGUAUCCCAACUCAUGAUACUCCAACGAUUCCUGUACGCGAGGGUGAGGUAGUCAUUACGCCAGUCGUAGAAGGUUCUCUGACACAAGAACUGCUCAAGCCUGCCACGGUGGUAAUAUCACACUGUACCAAUCACCGUGAACUUACAGAGGACUCUUCUGUUAUCUUGUAUACAAGAACUGGACCAGGUACAAAGCUAUCUACAUAUUUUGAUUCUGUCCUCUCGAAAUAA